CACUGUACAUACCGUACCUACAAUGUUUACAUAUUUUAUUACAUACAAAAAAUAUGUGUGUACAUAGGUAAAUAUGUAUGUACAGUCAAAACCCGAGUAAAAUAAAAUAGUUUAGGGAAUGCAAAUGCGUACAUAAAAUCAAAUGUGGUAAUAACUCAGUACUGCCUUGAUCCCUCAGAACCCGAAAAUGUCCGAUUCCGAGGUAGAAAACUCUGAGAGUGUCGGUGUUUCAAGACCAACAUUGGCACAAGUGCGAGCAGUAGUGGAAUUUAUGCAGAAACAUCCAGAUUUAGCUCAUAAAAAAUUAAGAGUGGGAAUGGGACGUGGUAAAUUUAAGAAAAUCUGGAUGGAGCUUGCAAAAACUGCUAAUUCUGUUGGUGGAGCAGUCAAAUCAAGCCAAGGAUGGAUUAAAUAUUGGGCAGACAAAAGAAGAAGUGUGAUGAUAAAAAAAAAACAAAUCGAAGAAGGUAAACUAAGAGGACGCAUUACAAUAAUGGAACAAAAAAUAUUAGACUUGUGUAACGAAAAGUCAUUAUCACCAAAAAAGAGAGGUAAAGUGAAAGAAGAGCCCUGCAAUGGAGGCGAUGGAGAUUCCUUGGAUGGUUUUUUGUCGAAAGAUGAGGAAUACGGUGAUAUAGAACACAAACAUUCUGUUACAGAAAACGAUGAGAGACAUUUGAAUAUAAUUGAUAAAUUGGUAGAAGUUAUGAACCAGCAGGCAGCAGCAAUGAACCAGUUAGCGCACACAUCCCUUUGUAAUUCUAAAGCGCUUGAACGAGUCGCUGAGGCUUCCCACAUUCAACAGGCAUUGGCUGUGGACAGAUUAGCGAAUACAUUUGAAACGAUCAGCGCGUCCGUGCAAGAUGUUAGGAACGCGGUCAUCGGAAUAGACUACACGGUCAAGAGAUGUUAUCCCGUUAUGAACUCGCAGCGAACAAACGCAAAUAUUAUAUUCGGUUGAGAUUCGAUAUGCAAGAGACAAUUAGCAUCAUACUGCGAACAAGAUACCACUCGCUGAAAUGUCAAUGCGUGUAAUUCGAGUUUCAUCAGUGCUGUCGGAUAUUUUGAAGUCUGAUGAAAAGUUUGUGAAUGUUACGAAUUGCUUAAAUUACGAUUAUUAUAUGAAUUAACGUCCGUCUGGUGUAGUGGUAAGUGACAUGGUCACUACACUAGGGGGUCGCGGGUUCGAAUCCCGCCAAGGGAAGAUAUUUGUAUGAUAAAAUUAAAUAUAAAUGUCUUUUCCAGGGUUAUGGAUGUAUAUUAAAUAUAUGUAUGUGUAUAAUAAAAAUCUUACAUUUAUAUCCGUUAUCUGGUAUCUGUAACACAAGUUCUUUACGAACUUGUCACGGGACCAGUUAACGUGGCGUGAUUGUUAGUAAAAUAUUUAUAUAUAUAAUAAACAACUCUAAUUAUAGACUUUGUUUUAUUCGUGCUGUAUCCACGUUAUCGAACGGACGACGUGCGCGAAAGAAUAACUCGAUCAAACGAUACAUUGUACUCGCCGAUACUUCGCGUUAAACUGGUCGUUUUUAUCUUAUCGUCUACGUGAACACGCCCGAUAAUAUGGUUUGUUUCGUCAAUCCAUGCAUCAUUGUUCCAUUUUAAUGUGAAAACGUUGGAACAUGAUUACAACAAGAGAAAAGGAAGAUUAAUAAAAAAAAUGCGAGUAACAAUUUUUAAAGUGAAAUCUUGAUUACAAAUAAUGGCGUUGAGGUUUUUUAUCUUUAUUGCAUUUUGUAUUUCGUUUGUGCUCAGUGAGUUUUGUCCAAAACAAUGUGACUGUGACAUGUCUAAUGGGUUGAACAGGGCUAUUUGUGUUGACCAAAACAUUAUCGAUAUAAACGUUGGAGUAUCCAAAGCUGUUCAAGUGUACAGCUUGAAGCACAAUGUUAUCAGCGAACUAGACAAUUUUUGUUUUAAGGAAUCCGGCUACACGGCCUUGAAACUUUUGGAUAUAUCGUAUAAUUUGAUAUUCUGGAUAGGAUUACAUGCCUUUUCAGGGCUUGAAAAGUUAAUCUACUUAAAUCUUAGUAACAACAGACUGAGAUAUAUACCGUCCGAUCUUUUCUGGGACACACCGCAGCUUGAACACCUUGACCUUUCUUCGAACGUUUUCGAGUCGCUAAAGAAUGAGCCGUUCAUAAUGCACACAAAAUUGCAGAUAUUAAAUCUAAAUAACUGUAGAAUCAGAUCAUUACCAGACAGAUUGUUUACGAGAUUGCCUAAUUUAAAGAAACUGGAUAUUAGUGAAAAUUACGUGGUUAUUUUAAGUGAAAACGUCUUAAAGCCUCUAAAUAAACUAGAGCGAUUAGAAAUGUGGAGCGGGUAUUGGCAGUGUUCUCCAGAUUUCAUUGCCAUCGAGACAUGGAUCAAAUCAAAGGGCAUCAAUUAUCAGAACCAGUGUACGAAGGGACCUAAAAGGUCAGAAAAGAUUAUAUCAACUGUGAGUCUUGAAAAAGCGCCAGUCGAUUUGAGCACAGUGUGGAAUACGACAGUAAAUAAAAACGAGACUACAAAAGUAACGGAAUCGAAACGCCCUUUGACGCCCCUGGAAAAGUUCGAUAGGGAAUUCUCUGCGAUUCAAGCUCUCGUUAUGGGCCUAGAAAUGGGUUUAGCUAUCGGCAUAGUCGGAACGUAUGUCUGGCUGCGACGAUUCUUUUCUUGUGCUCGUUUUAGCUGUCGAGCGAACGUGAGGCGUCGAACUCGCAGACUGCAGCGUUCCGAUGCUGAAAUGAGAGCGAAUUUACUUUGGAGUACCAUCAUCAAUCCUGAUGUGGAAACUCCACCGACGGCCCCUAAUAGAAGACCACCUGGUGGCGUCUCUAAUACGACCGAUGGAGCCCGACACGCUGACGCCAUCCGUGUCCCAAACAGAUCCGAGACUCCACCACCACCAUACAAUGAAUGCUGCAUCAAUAUAUAAUUAAGAGGGAUAAAUUAUUUUAGUUAAGUUUAUUGUGAUAUUAUUUCAUGUUUUAUUUUUUUAUUAAAUUGAAAUUUAACAUAACGUACAAAUCUAAAUAAAAAUACAUUUUAAAUAUAAA